UCAAUUUCGACGCUAUCCCGGAGGAAUCGUACUUCGCGCUUCGCACCGCGCGGUCCGUGCCCGAGUCGCCCUAUGAGGCUGCCGACCGCCUCGCCUAUGAGCUUGCCAGCGCACCCGGUAGCUUGGGCCGCGCCUUGAGCGACGUCAGCGGGAACGUUGCCCUGCAUACCCAGGUACUUGAGGAGCAGGGACGGGCCACCACGGAGCGCGUCUCGCAACAAGUCCAAUUGGGGCAGGAGAACUUGCUGCGCGGUUUGGAGCAGGGCCAGGCCGAUCUGCAGAGAACCGUGCAAAGCGGACUGGAAGGCAUACAGGAUCGGGCCGAGGAGCAGGUGGACCGCGUGAUAGACAGGACCGAAAAUGUUCUGCACAACGUGCUCAGCAGGGGCGUCAGCCGAAUCGGAGCGGGGAUCGCGGAUGGACUACUCGACCACGCUAUUCCGCGGGUGCUCUUAAAUGAUCCUACUCGGCGUCAAAGUACCCUCGAUACAGGGAUAUCAGCGCGUGAAAUACAGAAGCCUUUGACGGUAGCCAUGAGAUUGGAGCCAACGUUGAAGACGGCUCGACGAGAGAGGGAGAGGUUCGCUAUAAAAGCCCGGCUUAAUGGCAUAGCCCUAAAUGUUGCAAUCGGUAUGCAAGUGCUCCUGGGGGCGCUCACUACGGGACUUGCGGCCGCCACAAGGGGGCGAUCCACAUCGAUCGUAGUCGCCAUCUUCGGCGGUGCGUCCACAUGCGUUGCUACGUACCUUGCCCGAGCCAGAGGCACCGGCGAGCCGGAGAACUCCAAGAUCCGGGUACGACUCCUGGACCACUUUAUCCGCGACUGCGAUCACAUCAUCUUCGACGAAGGAUACCACGUCGGCCAUAUCCGGGACCAUUACGACGAUAGGCUGGACGAAUUACGGAGACGGCUCGAGGAGAUCCUGGGCAACAACUCGGACAAUUCCAUGCCGUGA